CUUUAAUUAACGCUUCGCGGGGACGUUUGUCCCUGUGCAGUUGCCGUAGUUGUACCACAAACAUGGCGUCGGACAGCGACAGCGACGAGGACUUCGUGAGUUUCGGGACUCCGCUGGAGCCUCUGGAGGAAGACGUAUUUUCGUGUGUGUUGCAGACGAGCCGACGAAGAAGCCCGUCCCGCUCCACGAGCAGACGGUGAAAGAUGAGAAGGGACGAUACCAACGGUUCCACGGAGCGUUCACCGGGGGAUUUUCAGCCGGUUACUUCAACUCGGUCGGCUCAAAGGAAGAAAGUUGAGAAACAACAUGUCAGGCCGGAGGACUUCAUGGACGAGGAGGACUUCAGCGAACACGGCAUCGCUCCUGCUCAGAUCACCACCAGUCAGGAGUUCUCGUCCAGCCACAGAGACGAGGCCAGAGAGAAGGCGAGAGCCGUCAACGCCCAGGCGGCGCUGAUCCCUGGAGACACUCUGCUGGAGGAGCUGAUCGCACCGGCCAGGUCCGACCUCUUCACCAGAGUCACGUGACCUUUGUUCACGUCACACACACACCUGAAUGUUCCAGAAAAUGCCCAGACACAGUUAUCACAUAUAUCAAUAUAUUUCAAUAAGACAGAGACCGGACGAUAACCCCCCAGGAGUAAAUAUGCUAGAGACCUGUUCUUCUGUGAGAGGGAGUGUUAGUGUCGUCUGUGUUGAGUUCUUGGAGGGGAGACUAAAGAGAGAGAGAUGGAGCAGGAGGAGGAGCAGGAGGAGGAGUCUCUCCCAUGUGCCCGGGCCCGACCCCCCAUGGCUCCAUCACGUCCUCCCACUCGACACCGAGCGCAGCCACAGCUUCUGUCGGCUCAGGUCAGCGAGUCGACCUGAGACCUGGAAACAUCUGAGCUCAGAGCUGCGUCAGGAAACAUUAUUUUUCUAUCGCUCUGUACGUCGAGCUGUUGUUCCUGCUCAGAUAGAACUGUGUUUGUUAAUAUCGUUUCUGUCAGUAAGCGAUGAAGACGUAUUUAAGUUAAUCAUUGAUUGUUUAACAUGGUUUGUUCUUCAGAGUCUUGAUUUUGUCUCGUAAUGCUCCACACACAUGAUCCAGCAGCUUCUCUCCCAUCAUGGUCUGUCUGUCUAAGAGUAUAAAAUGCAUUUCAGUGCAUAUACCACCAGGGGGUGCACUGCAGAGAAAGGUUUACUUCAGGUUUGCAUCUUCUGCUUUUUAACAAGGUGACAUCAUGAGAGAGAGAGAGAGUGAGAUUUUAUAUUUUUCAGUAAAGUUCCAAAACAAAUACUACAAAGUAUCCAAAACUCAAAAAAACAUCAAAUCAAACCAUAUUCAAUCCAAAAUAAGACCGAAAACCAGCUGAUCUUUCUUCACAGAACAUAAAACUUGUUUGAGGCACCACAUCUUCUCAAAAUCGUCAACAUUAUUUGUCAAAAUAAAGAAAGUGAAAUCA